AUGGUGAAGUGAGUAUAUGAUGGGGAGCGGCUUGGAGAUGGAGAAAUGCAGAUGGUUUCAUGGAGAUGUGCAGGUGAAAUUGAUGAAGACUCUUGAAGCCAAAGCGGAAUCACAGAACAUGUGUUACAGUUCGUCAGUCUUUGGGGAAAUGAGUUCUUUUGAAAAUUUUAUCAGAAUUCAAAUUUUACAUCAGAAUCAGUUACAUUUUAUUUUAUCAGAAUUUAA